AGAUGUCAGGAUAACGUGUCACUGUUGCGCAGCGUCACCUAAUCUAAAGUUCAAGGUACCACAGACACAGUUUGGCUUGGCUCAUCGGGCUCUCCGUCAGUCUUCUCCACAGCUGGUGAGCGCUGUUUGUCCGCAGAGGCCUUUAAACUCAAAGAUCAGAGACCAUGGGAGAGUGGGGAUUUCUGUCCUCUCUGCUGGACAAGGUCCAGUCCCACUCCACCGUCAUCGGGAAGGUCUGGCUGACUGUGCUGUUCAUCUUCAGGAUCAUGAUCCUCGGAGCUGGAGCAGAGAAGGUGUGGGGUGAUGAACAGUCGAACAUGAUAUGCAACACCAAACAGCCGGGUUGUAAGAACGUCUGCUACGACCACGCCUUCCCCAUCUCACACAUCAGAUUCUGGGUCCUCCAGAUCAUCUUUGUCUCGACCCCAACGCUGAUCUACCUCGGUCACGUCCUCCACGUCAUUCACAAGGAAAACAAGAUGAGGGAACAUAUGAACACGCACUCCAGGAGUGAAAUCGCCAAAGUUCCCAAGUACACCGACGAACAAGGCCAUGUUCAGAUUAAAGGCGACCUGCUGGGGAACUACAUGACCUCCAUCAUUUUCAGGAUGCUUCUGGAGAUAGGGUUCAUUGUCGGGCAGUAUUAUCUGUACGGGUUCAUCAUGGACCCGAGAGUAGUCUGCUCCCGGGCCCCCUGCCCCUUCACCGUGGAGUGCUACAUGUCUCGCCCCACAGAGAAGACCAUCUUCAUCAUCUUCAUGCUCGUAGUGUCCUGCAUCUCUGUCGUGCUCAACAUCAUGGAGAUCUUCUACCUGGCCUGUUUACGCUCAGCCAGACGGAAGCAGAAAAAAAACCUGUCCACGGCCAUCGCCCUUCACCCGCGUUCAAACGGAGGCAGUCUGAUUAAGUGACAAGAGGAGCCUCCAUGAUGCCUGAAUAAUGCUGCUUAAAUAGUAUUAAAACAUUGUACACAGCUGCAUAAUUACUGAGAAAUGUUUUGACUGAAAUUAGCAAAGUUAUUUAUUUAUGUGAUGGUUAAUAAUUUCUGAAAAUGACAAAAAAUUGAACUUUGUUUGUGAAUAAACAAUUGUUUUGAAGUGCACAUGUAUAAUAGGACUACAAUAAACUGUACCAUUGCAGCAACCUUUGAAAUGUGUUCACAAAGUCAAGUUUUGUUUUGUUCCUUCCUGUUUUUUGUACUUAAAAAUGUAUUAUUGACAAAUUUCCACCGGCUAAAAGCCAUUUGGUAUAGCUUCGGGCUUUUUUUGUGCCAUCUUGCUUUUAAGUUUCUUCCAUAAUGUUCAAAUCUCAGGUACAACUUGUAAUAUUUCAUUUUGUUUUUUCCGUGUUUCGCAUUUGAAUAUGAUUGUAUGUGCCUUUUGUCUGAGUGUAGUGUAAAAAGGAGUCAACCCAUGUUUAUUAAAAUAUUUUUUGCCAAAAACAUUACAAACUGCAUCUCAGUUUUUGUCUAAUAAUCUCUGUUUUCAUUUACAUCCAUAAUUCCAAAUGUUCUUUUCGAUCAGUAUCCAGUAUCAAUGAAAUAUUUUAAAUGGAAAACUGAAAAGAAUACAGAAAAAUAGAAUGUAGAAUAAUUCCACUAUUAACGCAAGAUAAAUGAAUGUGUUGUUUGCCAGAUGGCCAGGACAUCAAAUAAUGGAAAAUGUGGCUUAAUUAUUGCUGGACGGUAAAUAAUUCAUGUCAAUUUUAAAGGUGAACAUUUGUAAACCUUGGGUCCACACCUUGUGAUCUGCUGCCUCCCACUGGCAAAACAAAUCAAUGCUACUGGGAUGAAAACUACAUUCCCAACACCUAGGGGUCAAAUGUUGUUUUGGCUGUUGUGCAUGUCACAAUGCAUGGUGUGUUCUCUUAUUGUGCAAAUAAACCUACAACUAUU